CUCCGGCGAGGAGCUGCGGCCCCCGUUUCCGCCUCUGUCUGUCACCCAUGGAGCAGGGAAGCAGCCCGGAAAGAGAGCCUUUGCUGCCGCCGCCAGCAGCAGCUCCCGAGCAUGACCGAGGGCUGCGUCGCCUCUACUCUGGCACGGACAGCGCUGCCCCGGGAGACGAUGGGCACUGCGGCGGGUCCGCGGCCUUGUCUCGCCCAGUCUGCAACGUUUUUGACGACCACAAUAUCUACUUCAACCAAGCUGUAGUAUUCAUUGAAGAUGCAAUUCAGUAUCGUUCCAUCAAUCAUCGUGUGGACUCGAACUCCUUGUGGCUUUAUCGGUGGUAUUAUUCAGACAUUUGCCAAUGGUUUUUGAUUGUCACCAUUACGCUAAUCCUGGCUCUCCCGUUCAUUGAAACCCCUUCUUCGUUCACUGCCACAUCGGAUGUGCGAUAUCGCUUGGAAGCAUGGGAGCCUCCCUGUGGCCUCACGGAGAGCAUUGAACUGCUUUGCUUCCUUGUCUUUAUAGUGGAUGUCUCUGUAAAGAGUUACCUCAUAGGAUGGGAAGAAUUUCAGAAAACCAAGUGGUUAAUGGCGUAUAUCUUGGUGCUAGGAGUAUCCCUUGCAGACUGGACUGUCUCAUUGUGCUAUUCCUGUAGCGAGGGCAUGGUGAAGUCUUUCCCUUCACAAGGAAAUUUUGUCGUGGGAGAAUGGCAGACUCUGAGAAUAAGACGGAUCCUUCGACCGUUCUUCCUCCUUCAGAACUCUUCAAUGAUGAAAAAGACACUAAAAAGCAUUAAGAGGACAUUGCCAGAAAUUACGAGUGUUAUGCUGCUAUUAGCUGUUCACCUGUUUCUCUUUACCAUGUUUGGCAUGCUGCUGUUUGCUCGAACAAAGGAUGGCCAGCAGGACAAAGAAUGGCAAGGAUAUUUUCACAAUUUACCAGAUUCACUGACAUCAUUGCUGGUACUGCUAACAACCGCAAAUAAUCCAGAUGUGAUGAUUCCUGCCUAUUCUAAGAAUCGAGCAUAUUGCAUCUUCUUUAUACUCUUCACUGUAAUAGGAAACCUAUUUCUGAUGAACUUGCUUACAGCAAUAGUAUACAAUCAGUUUCGUGGAUAUCUUCUGAAAUCAGUUCAAUCCUCGCUUUUCCGGAGACGCUUAGGAAUCCGGGCUGCAUUUGAAGUUCUUUGCUCUGUGAAAGAGACUUCUGUCAAUAAGAAUAUCCUGUGUGUCCAACCUGAGGCCUUAGCUCAAGUUCUCCAGAAAGUAAAAAUGGAUUCUUAUUGCAAAGAAGCGGUCAUUGGGAAGCUUGAGUCAUCUCCUCCAGGAGGGUUGUCAGCUGCUCAGUUUCAGAUACUCUUUGAUGAACUCGACAAACACAAAGUUAAAGAGCAUCCUCCCAGUCCAGAUUAUCAGUCACCUUUUCUACAGAGGCUUCAGUUUGUCUUUGGUCAUCACUACUUUGGGUAUUUAGGGAAUGCCAUAGCUCUAGCAAACGUUUUCUCUGUAUGUGUGGUCAUGGUAAUGGAUGCUGAUAAACCACCAGCUCGGCGGGAUGACUUCUUCUUAGGGGUUAUAAAUUGUUUCUUCAUAUUCUACUACCUCCUGGAAAUGUUGCUGAAAAUAUUAGCAUUGGGAAUAAAAAGAUAUUUAUCAUAUCCGAGCAACAUAUUUGAUGGACUUCUCACUGUAGUUCUGAUGGUUUUGGAGGUGUCAACAUUUGCUGUGUAUGGAUUUCCUCAUCCAGGCUGGACUCCUGAAAUGUUGGGGUUGCUAUCUCUGUGGGACAUGGUCCGUCUGGCAAACAUGUUGAUUGUGUUCAGAUUUUUGAGGAUCAUCCCCAACAUAAAGUUCAUGUCUUUAGUUGCCAGUACACUGCUGGAUCUGGUGAAAAAUAUAAGAACUUUUGCCGGGAUCUUGGUGGUGGCUUUCUAUGCAUUUGCCAUAGUCGGCAUGGAGUUGUUUAGGGGCACCAUUUCACCCACGGGCAAUACCAGUCUUGUCAACACGAGCGCUGGCAAUGCCACUUUCCAGUGCGGCACAUAUGAGCAGCUGGCAUAUUGGCCAAACAACUUUGAUGACUUUGCUGCAGCACUGGUGACCCUGUGGGACGUGAUGGUUGUGAACAACUGGCAGGUUUUCUUGGAUGCAUAUUCCAGAUAUUCAACUCCAUGGUCAAAAUUGUACUUCGUCACCUGGUGGCUGAUUUCCUCCGUCAUUUGGGUCAACCUGUUCAUUGCCUUACUUCUGGAGAAUUUUAUUCAUAAAUGGGAUCGUCGGUGCCAUCGACCAUCUCUCUCGGAAGUUGAAUACCAGAUGACAAUGGAACUCAUGUUCAGGGAUGUUUUGGAAGAACCUUCAGAAGAAGAGCUGAUUGCAAAACUUCACCAGCAUCCACAUAUGCAUCUAUGUAGAUAACACAUAGGUGGAAACAGAAAUACAUCCUAGCCAUACCUGCAUUCAGGUUUUAUAGCCUCAAGAAAGAUACUGGAAAUAUUUCCCAAAACAAUCCUAUAUCUUUGAUUUUACUUUUGAAUUUUGCUUGUAAUACAAGGUAUUUAAAGACUGCAAUGUGUUCAUUUAAUUUUUUAAAAAACAAAAUCCUAAUUUGACUUCAUUUUAAGUUUACUUUUAUGGGACUAUGGAGCUAUUACUUUAAAAAUCUAUCAGAUAAUGUGGCAGAACAAUUAACUAUUUUUUGUAAGAAAGGGAAAUGUACCAGUGAUAUAUUGCACUUUACAAUGGAAACUCUGGGAGACGUAUAACCACUAUGGUGACUUGUUGCUAGCAUUAAAAGCAAAACAAAAAUACAAACCCCGUAAAUAACAGAACUUCCUUUUCUGGUAUUUGUUGCUGUCUGCUGUGCCAAGGACAAUGCCUUAAUAUUAGGAAAAUGUUCUGGUAAAUGCCUGACUUUUACAAUAAGGAUAGAUAUAAUGCUAAAUUUGGGUACUGAAAUAACAGGCUGCUACCCUGGUAGUUCUAUCAAAACAUAGGUUCCAAAGUGGCAAGUCUAUGUUAGAAUGAAGAAUAAUCCAGUGCCAUUAAUAACAUUGGUCAGAAUCUUCAUAGCGUGUGCGAUCAUGCAGUAUUCAUGUCUGUGAGCGAAACUACAUGUCACUUCAAAAGCAUGGCCAGAGCUAUGUCUCUCCCUGACCCCGAUUUACUCUACAGUAAGUCCAGAAAAUCCAGAUCAUGACCCAAGUGGGGGAGAGGGAGUGGGGAGGGCAUGGGGGGCCCGUGAACACUUAGCCUCCCCUCCAGCUGGGUUCCUGAUCCAAAUCAGCCCCCACCUUAACAUUACCAAAAGAUUAUCCAUUAAAAAAGGACCACUUAUUGGCAAUAUCUGUUUUACUUUAAAGUAAAAAUAAAAGUGAAAGAACUUUAAAGGAACAUGUAGUUUGUCCCUGCCACUGAUCUGGUUUACACGUAAUGACACGCCAGCAUGGGUUAAUUUCCCCAAAGGGUUUGUUAUGUUGCCGGCCGCCAUUUUAAAAAUGGAAACCAUGGUGGGAUCAUGCCGUGGUUUGUCUUUACAUGCGGACCCAGUCAGGGUAGGUUGCUGGUGUAGUUAAUAAACCACCCAGAACCCAUGGCCUGUUUCAGGAUUGUGGUUGGUUGGUUAAUCACCCCAACAACCCACUCUGGGCCCACACCCCAAAGUAGUUCUGUGUCCCUGUUCUAAUGGAUAAGAAUUGGCCACAAGGUUUGUUUGUUUUAGCUUAGUGUGCUCUAGUUACCUUGAACUAUAUGAUUCUGUGCUUGAAUGUUUCACUCCCUUUAAGUACAAAUAAAAAGAGCUUUUUUCUAUACUCUUAACACCCAUUGGACCUCCAACAAUAUUCCUAUGAUGUCAUUAUGUGUGUGUGAGCGUUUGUGCAAUGGUGCCAUUUGGCCAGUACAGAGUGCCCAGUUUACCAAUGCAAUAUAAAUUCCAUUUUCUCAUGCUCUGGGACUUUUUAUAUAGAGAAACCACUAAAAUAGUAUAUAUUUUAUGAAUUUUUAUGCAUUAAAUCAAAUGCGUUCCAUAAAUGUACUGUAAGAUUAUCAGUACAGGUCAUAUAUGAUGACAACAAGCAUUUGUAUGUAAUGACUGUUAAUGCAGUAAAAUAUUU